GCAAUGAGGGGGAGACACAGUGAUUCAAAGAGAGACUAACACACAUCCUGAAACCACCGAACACAUCUGAUCCUCUCUGGUCUGUGUCUGUCGACGAGAGACAUUUUAAGAGAUUUAACUGAAAAGGAGCAGCUUCAUUCGUCUCUGGAUUCAGAUGCUCCAACCUUGAUCAGCCGUUAUCUCCCUAAGGAGGGGCUGCCCAAGCAAGUUGUUGAUGUCACCAGUUUGUGACCGGGCAGCUCUCAGUCAGAGAUAGUUAUUGUUGUGGGACACCUGGAACACAUCCUUCUCAGGGUGGAGAUGACCUCGAGCCAUAAGAGACAACAACUGUGAUUCAGUGUCCUCAGCUGUUUAGUCUCUCUAUUGAAGAAUGUUGAUUACCCUCAGCGAAACUAGUUAAAACCUCAGACCAGAGGAAGGUUCUUCAGAACUGAUGGUGGCAUCUCAUCCGUGUGGUCAGACCGUGGCCCGGGACAUGUCGUGUGAAUUCUCCGGCCGAAGCUCCAAAUAAACCGCGGCAGCCUCCCCCCACCCCUUCCCCCGUAAGGCAAACUUUAAAAGUGACCCUCUCUCUCCAUCUCCAUCAUGGCGCCCUCUCUGGCCACGGCGUUUUCUCGCCGCUGGUGGAUGGCGGUGACGGCGGUUAUUGAAAACCUUUUGUUCUCCGCCGUGCUGCUUGGCUGGGGCUCGCUGCUCAUCAUGCUCAAAUCGGAGGGAUUCUACUCGUACAUGUGCAAGAAACCAGAUAACAGCUCCAGCCUCAACAUCUCCAACAUCUCCUUCUCUUUGUCGUCGGACGCUGAGGAAUACCUAGAGAUGAACGGCUGGCAGAUCUGCAAAGACCAGGACGAGAUGUUGAACCUGGCGUUCACCGUGGGCUCCUUCCUGCUGUCGGCCAUCACCCUGCCCAUGGGCAUCGUCAUGGACAAGUACGGUCCAAGGAAGCUAAGACUCCUGGGCAGUGCCUGCUUUGCCUUCUCCUGCCUGCUCAUCGCCUACGGAGCCAAUGACCCCAACAAUCUGUCCAUGCUCAUCUUCUUCGCUCUGGCGUUGAACGGCUUUGGAGGAAUGUGCAUGACCUUCACUUCGCUCACAGUGAGUUUUAAAAUUUCUAUUUUAAGAUUAAGGCGGUGGAUAAUCAAUGCCUUCUUGUCACUGGUUUACUUUGAGAAAUGUCUGGGCCUUAUAACACGUUUUUUCUUUGGUGCACACUUAUUGAAAGUUUGUGGGUUUCCCAAAAGAGGAA